AUGACAGAGUGUCAUCCAGGACUAGUUGCAUUUUUUAUGGGCAAUAUUCGAAAUCAAUUUAAACCACAAGUGAAAUACCCAAGAGAGAGUGAGAUGCUGACAUGGGACAAGGUUUUCAAGUAUUUGAAGUCACAUGAUUUCUGGACUACAGUAAUGAAUGGUGUCUGUGCAUACACAAGCCUUGAGCAUUUGAGUGAUGAUGAGAAAUUGCUUUGUGAUAAUGUGUUUCGAUAUUCUGUUCAUAUCAGGGAUGUCACAAGUGAAUCAAGAAAGCAUUUAAUCAGAACAAACAUGCUUGUUGAAAAAAAUGAAAGACUUGAAUUUGCUGCACCUUAUUUGUGUAUACUUUACAUGCAGGAGUGCUGGGGAUCUACCAACAGGGCAAGGGAAGUACCCAAGGAUUUUAAAACCUUUCUCAUUGACACCUUUACUGUCAUGGACCCCCAAACACUACAAAAAUCAUUUGGUGUUGGUAAAGACAGGCGGCUUCUAGAAUGCACUUGGCAGAUGGAAUUCUACCGGGCUGCCACUCAAGUCCUCCCCAAUCAUGUCUAUAUUUCUCCUGAUGCUGGAGCAGAUUUUGGUUCACGUGGAUUUGUAGACUUCUAUGUGGAUGAUGACUGA